AUGCAGCUUCUCCGGUCCGUCGCAGCAGCGACCGCGUUGCUUUCGCCCAUCCUCGCGUCGGCUCAAAACUCCUCGAGCUCGCUACCUGUUGUGGACUUGGGCUACCAGCUCCACCGCGCCAUCUCAUUCAACGAGACCCGCGGCUACUACAACUUCUCCAACAUCCGAUAUGCCGCCCCGCCCGUCGGCGACCUGCGCUUCAAGGCGCCCCAGGCCCCGGAAACCGACCGCUCCGUAGUCGACGAUGGCAGCAUCGACCGCAUCUGCCCUCAGGCGUCGACCAGCAACGCGAACGUCAGCGACCCCCGCGAGACCGAGGACUGCCUCUUCCUGGACGUGAUGGUCCCGCAGAAGAUCUUUGAGAACGCAGGAAACGACACUGCCGGAGCACCCGUCAUCGUCUGGAUCCACGGCGGCGGCUACAUUGGCGGCUCCAAAGCCGGCGAGCGCACUCCAGCCGGGCUUAUGCUCCGCAGCGCCACUGAUAACUCGACCGACGCCAACGUCAUCUUCGUCGGCCUGAACUACCGCCUGGGCGCCUUCGGCUGGCUGGCAGGCCCGACGCUGCAAGAAAACGGCACCGCCAACGCCGGCCUGCACGACCAGCGCCUCGCCCUGCAGUGGGUGCAAGACAACAUCCACCUCUUCGGCGGCGACAAGUCGCGCGUCACCGUCGUCGGCGAGUCCGCCGGCGGCGGCUCCAUCAUGCACCAGCUGACGGCGUACGGCGGCCGCGCCAAAGCCCCCUUCGCGCAGGCCGUCCCGCAGUCGCCGGCCUGGCUCCCCUUCCCUUCGCUGUACGGCCAGGACCAGAUCUUCACGGCCUUCGCGUCGGCCGCUACGGCUGGUAGUCUCGCAGCGCUGCGACAGCUGCCCUCCGCCGCCCUCGUCGCCGUCAACAAGGCCUUCGUCUACGCCGCCGGCUCUACCUCCGGGACCUCUCCCUUCGGCCCGGCCAUCGACGGCGACUUCGUGACGCAGGACCCGAAGGCGCUGCUGAACCACGGGCAGUACGACAGCUCGGUCAAGAUCAUGGUCGGCCACAACGCCAACGAGACGCUGGCCAUGGUGCCGGCGGCCGUGGCCUCCGACGCCAUCGUCGACGCCUUCGUCGCGGCCGCGCUGCCGUACGCGCCCGCCGCCGUGCAGUCGUACAUCACGACGACGCUGUACCCGGCGUCCAACGCGAGCGACCUGUACAGCACGCCCUUCGAGCGCCUCGCCCUGAUCCUCGCCGAGGCUAGCAUCGUGUGCAACGCCUUCGCGCUCAACACCGCGCGCGGCUCCGACAACGCGUCGUAUGCGUACCUCUUUGCUGUUAGCCCGGCCUACCACGGCCAGGACGUGCCGCACACCUUCUACGACCCCGGCUCGGCGCCAAGCAGUGGCGAUGGUGGCGUCGCGGCGAGCUAUCCGUUCAACACGACUGUCGCGACGGUGCUGCAGGAUUACAUCACCGGGUUCGCCAUGAACGGCGUGCCCGCGAGCGCGCUGGAUGGUUUGGCCGAGGGAGUGCCCGAGUAUGGCGCGGAUGCGAGCUUGGUGAGGUUGGGGUCGGGCACCGGGAUUGGCGUGCAAAGGGAUGAGACGGCGAAUGAGAGGUGUAAGUGGUGGAGCUUGAAUUAUCUUUCGUAG